UAGGAUUGAGGAGGAAGCAAGAGAGAUGGUAGUAGUAGUAGUAGUGAGAGUGAACUCACUAAAGCCAUUGGCAUGGACUCCAUUUCCUUCUCUAAAUAGCUUCAACUGGCCCUGGGUUCUUGUAAGAAAACAUUCAAGAGUAGUAAGAGCCUUAACAAGUAGUCAAGUAGCAGCUGAUGAUCAGAGAGAGCCACAAAUAAUGAGCAAAGUCAUUGACUCACAUUUGCAUGUCUGGGCAUCCCCACAAGAGGCUGCAGAAAACUACCCUUAUUUUCCUGGCCAAGUGCCUAGUUUGCCUGGUCAUGUCGAUUACCUGCUCGAGUGUAUGGAAGAAGCAGGUGUGGAUGGAGCACUUAUUGUUCAACCCAUUAAUCACAAGUUUGAUCAUUCUUAUGUUACCAGUGUGCUGAAGAAGUUUCCAACAAAAUUCGUCGGCUGUUGCCUCGCAAAUCCAGCAGAAGAUGGGAGUGGAAUAAAGCAGCUUGAAGAUCUAGUUUUAAAGGAUGGUUAUCGUGCUGUUCGCUUUAAUCCGUAUCUUUGGCCUACUGGUGAAAAGAUGACAAAUGAAAUUGGGAAGGCAUUAUUCUCAAAUGCUGGAGAGCUUGGAGUUCCAGUUGGUUUCAUGUGUAUGAAGGGUCUGGAUUUGCAUUUGCCAGAAAUUGAGGAACUGUGCACAGGAUUUCCCUCAACUGUUGUUUUGCUUGAUCAUCUGGCUUUCUGUAAGCCCCCAAACAAUGAUGAAGAAAGACCAAGUUUCUCAGAACUGUUAAAGCUUUCAAGAUUCCCGCAGGUAUACGUAAAAUUCAGUGCUCUGUUCAGAGUGUCAAGAAAUCGGUAUCCAUAUGAGGACUUGUCUCAAGUUCUGGCCCAACUAGUCUCCAGUUAUGGUGCACACCGUGUCAUGUGGGGAAGUGACUUUCCCUACGUUGUUCCUGAGUGCGGGUAUAAAGAAGCAAGAGAAGCAGUUCACCUUCUUGCUAAGCAGGGACAUUUACCUCCUCCUGCCACGGAGUGGAUCUUGGGUAAAACAAUUAUGCAGCUCUUUGAUGGAAAAUGGAGUUCUGCAGUAACAUGUUGACUACAAAACAUAACUGGGCAUAACAGGUUGAUGAGUUCCAAACGCGUCAUUGAAACCUUAGUUGUACUUUAGCAGAGCAAAGAAGACUAGCUUUGUAAGCAUUACUGCUAUAACCUCUUUUCUUGGAGGCACAAACAAUACAUCUAUGGUAUAUA